GGAAGUAACGAAAUUAGGAGUGGCAAUAGAAAAUAGCAAUAGCAAUGGCAAUAGCAAUUUGGUUCACAAAAACCCUAAACGGUAGAGAACGUGGGGUUUACUUUAAUCAGUAAUCAGAUUGGGACCAAACCCUUUGACUUGUCUUCUCUCAGCUUCAGCUUCAUACUGUUUCUGCAAUGGAGCUUCAGAUUCCAAUUCACACCGUUCUCCAAAUGCCUUCUCUUCUCGAAGCUGUGGCAGCUGACACUAUUCUCGCCGCCGCGCAAUCUAUGGCUUUGAUUGGAUAUCUGGUGACCAAUGGCACUAAUCCAGUGUCACCAAAUUUGAUUCCCACGGGUGGAAGGUUUCCAUUGGACGACCUUUUUGGUAGCAAACAUGCUUAUCUAGAAAACAAAAAUGACAGUGGAACUGAUGAUGAUGAGGAUGACGAGGAGGAUGAAGAAGGACAUGAGGAGGAUGACGAUGAAGCGGACGACGAAGAUUUCUCUGGUGAAGAAGUUGAUGAAGAAGGGGAUCCUGAAGACGAUCCUGAGGCUAAUGGUGGAGGAAGUGAUGAUGGGGACGAGGAUGAUGAUGAUGACAAUGGUGAUGAUGAAGAUGACGAUGGGGAAGACGAAGAUGAUGAUGAGGAAGAGGAGGAGGAGGAGGAAACUCCCCAGCCACCUUCUAAGAAGAGAAAGUGAGAAAGUGAGAAAUAAUGUUAGUAGGAAAUUGUCUCCAGGGAAUAUGCAUUUGAGUCGAGUCUAGUGAUUAGGACAGAUGAAUUAGCAACGUUCUUGAGUAGACUUAUCUUGCUUUAGUAAUAUGUCAACUAUGAUUAUCAUUAUAUUAAUAUUUCCCAUUGUUUCCAA